CCAUUUGCCGAUAGUGGAAGUCGUUUGGUCACAAGAAUCUCGAUAAACGACGAAGAUUCAUUAUUUCAUGUGUUUGAUAUGAAUCUAAGAACUUUCCAUGUUUUCCUGUUGUUUUGUUCGUUUGUGUUGGCACAAAAUAAGUUUGAACAAGACAACAAUGUAGAACUAAAAGCUUUUGAGAACAAUGCCGAUUUUGCCCAAGAAAAACCCGAUGAAAAUCCGACCCAUGGCCAUGUAAUUGAGGACCGCAAUGUUGGCAUUGACUCUAUGGAAACUCCUAAAGAUGGAAUUGAAAAGAUAUACACGGAGGAAACGCUUGAAAACGACAAUAAACUGACCCAAAAAGAACCUGAUCAAAAUCUUGCCGAAGAUGUUUCAGAAUUUACGAUUGAUAAUCGCGGUGCCAACACUAUCAAUGCAAAAACUGCUGCUAACACUGUUGACCCUAACCAAGAAACCAACAAUUAUCCGGGCGAAAUACUCGCUGAUGUCGGCAUUGACUCUUCAAAUAUCCAAGAACAGAACGAAUUGGUACAAGAUCACGAUAAAAAUAACAUCGACAAUGUUGGUCGUGUUGAUUUCAGUCAUGUUGAAGAUGAAAUAAACGAUAAAAAACACACUGAUGAAACUGACUCUUCCCCCAUCUCGGUUCAAGAUGAGUUAGACGAAAAAUAUUACACAGAGCCAGAGGGCGUUGAUAAUAACGAACAUAUUAUUGAAGUUGUCCCGAAGUAUGAAGUCGAUAAUAAUGUACAUGACGUUGGAAUUGAUCCUACAGAAAUUGUAAACCAGCCGGACAAUGCAUAUUUUGAUAAUAAAAGUGACAAAGAAACUCAGCAAGAUCCUGCUGAAGUUGACAUUGAAGAGAGCGUUCUUGGAGAGGACGCGAUCGAAAUCGUUGGCUUGCCUGAAUAUAUCACAAGCCAAAAUCUGCGGCUGAUAAUCCGUUACAGCACUGCUGGUCCUCGGAUAUUUGUUAUUGAUAUAUUUACUGUUGGUAUCGAUCAUGCAGAUACCAUCUACCAUACUGAAUGGAUAGAGGUGUCGCACUAUCCUGGCGAAACCAAAGAGAGAAUAGUACGAAUAACAUUACCAGAUAAUCUAGUUUACAAAGAAGAUAGGAUCUUACACAUAUCUCCAGAUCUACACAGCGAAUCUUUGUUGUUCCGAACUGCCAUGGUUGACUACAAAAACCCGUCAGUAUUAGUGCUAUUCAAAGAACAACCCCUUAUUUUGAUUCCUCCCUGGAGCAGAUUGCCAAAAAACAACAAACACUACUGCAAUUCCUGGAUAGGUAUGUUUUAUGAAAAAUUAAAUGAGAAUAAAAUUCCAAAAUGCCCCAAAAUCGACGAUGUAGUUGAACUACUUUCAUACCCGGUUGCUCUCGUAGGCAGCGAACAUGGAUACAAAAAAUUCUUUAAAACGCUCCAUGAACCAGAAGAAAUGCAGAACCAUUCGCCUCAAUUUACUCUUGCAACUUGGCUGUACCUUACUAAGCCGUGCUCAAAAGACAUGUGUCCGUUGAUGUAUCAUAUUAAGGAAACAGCCUACCAAACCCCGCUUAUUGGCUUAUUGAAAACUGGCCACAUACACCUUCAAUUCCAUUAUGAAAACGGAAAUGGGUUUGCUUUUCUUGUCGAUGCAAAAAUCUCUGUUCACAAGUGGAUUCAUAUCACUGUAACAGUCAAACAUACUGUGGUAACUGUGUACGUAAGAUACGGUAAAAAUCUCGAGCAUGUUAAUUCGUUUGUACAUUCAGAUUUCCCUGCAGGACUAUAUCAUUAUAAUGAUACGGAUGGUUAUUGGGGUUUGGGAGGUUCCCCAGGAUUUAUCUCGACUCAUGGUUUUAUUGGUCCUGCACGAAUCUAUCGCAGACAUGUCUUGUCGCAAGAGGCAAUUGAGGCAAUUUUCAAUGCAGCGUCGAGGCCAAACCUAGGGAUGACGGAUCACUUUAAAUCAUGUCGUAAACUGAGAACUGCGGUUAGGAUUUCCCUAAGAAAAGAGAUUAAAGCGAAAAGUCUUUGUCCUGCAAGAGUUUUGUUGACACAUUCUCCGCGUUUGCUUUGCAACGUAGGCACCCGGGGUGUAGCAAAUGAGGUUGUUGAAACUUUAAUCGACACUUUAAAACUGAAUGAAACAACGGGACCGAGUAAGAAAACACAGGAUGAAGUUUAUAACUACGCUUUCUAUUUGACGAAAACAGAUAAGAACAAUGUCAAAGAUGCGUUACUCUUGUUAUCCUACACCUCGUGUCUUAGGCACCCCCAAUCACUCUACUUGCUAUCUGUGUUGCACAGAACCGGGUUGGGGGUAAGUGCGAACACCCGUUUAUCGCAGAGAUCUUUGUUACUUGGAGCUUACUAUAACCACCCAUUAUCCCAGAUGUCCUUAGCCUACAAACACUACAUUGGUGUAGACAGUUUUCCGAAGGAUCAAGAGGUCGCCAGCACAUAUUAUCGUUAUGCGGCAGUACAAAGCAAUCGCGCACUAGUUGAACACAACGAGGUUGACACCCACUCUGAGGCUGUGCGACUUGACAAAAACGAAGAUCUUGAUAACUAUCGCGGACCAGACUCAAACUGGUUUAGUUGGCUAAAACAUCAAGCUAAACGGGGAGUCACUGACGCACAAAGUGCUUUGGGCGAGGUUUUCUACUAUGGUUCACGUGGAUUUCGACGAAACCUCACAAAAGCUGCUGAGUUUUAUGAGAUGGGUGCUAACCGCGGGGACGCGCAAAUGUUAUUUAAUUUAGGUGUGGUCAAAUUGCGAGGUCAAGGAGUGGAUGUAAAUGAGAACGAAGCCCAAGAUCUCCUAAAGAAAUCCGCUGAACUCGGGUUUGCUCCCGCGUACAACGCAUUAGGGUACUACGAACUAAACGUUCGCCAGAAUAAGUCAGGGGCUGUUGAGUAUUUUAGAUAUGCUGCCGAACAUGAAGACAGGGAUGGUUUGUAUAACCUGGGUUUUUCUCUAGAGAAUGGUCUAGCUCCAGGUACUGUAGGAGAUCUGAAGUCAGCUAUGCCGUAUUACAUUGGUGCAGCAAACAAAGGCCAUACUGGAGCAUGCGUAGUGGCGGGUGAUGCUUUUAGCUCAGGACAACAUGUUGACCGGGAUAUUAGCACUUCUAUCAUUUUUUACAAGUUCGUCGCGGAUCAAAACCCAGAGAUAGGUUUACACCUGAGAAAUGGUCUCGAUGGAUUCUUUGAAAAUGCUUGGUACCGGUCAUUAGUGUACUACCUCCUCGCGGCGGAGGCUGGUAUGGAGAUUGCGCAGUACAACACGGCGUUACUUUGUGAGUGGGAUUGGGAACAAGUGUCACAAAGCACCCAGGUAGAUUGUGCUUGGCGUUAUUACAAUCACUCAGCGAAACAAGAGUGGGUGCCAUCUCUCAUAAAGUCUGGCGAUAACCACUGGUAUGGAAUAACAACUGAGAAAAAUAUAACUGCUGCUGCUCGAUUGUACAGCCAGGCAGCUAUUAAAGACGAAAAUCCUCAAGCAAUUUAUAAUUUAGGAUACUUGGUAGAAAAUAAUUACCCAUUAGACGGAUUAGCUUGGAUGCAGUUUUACCCUUCGAUUGUCAACCCUGGUAAUCUCACAUUAGCUGCAAUUCUUUAUAGAAAAUGUCGUGAUAGUAGGGACGAGGCAUUAGUCCCUUGCUCACUUGGCUUGGUCCGAGUUGCUAUCAAAAUGGCCUGGCAACUAGAGUUGGUCGGUAGCGAAAUAUUCGUUAUACCUUUGAUAAUAUUUUUUAUAAGUCUUGCUCUGCUGUAUUAUUUAUGCCGUUUAUCAAAUUAUGAUCGUCAAAUGAUAGACUUGGCAUAAUUGUUAUAUUAAUCAGGAGAUAUAUAGUAAUGGAUAUCAUGGUAUAUCUUUCUGAAGUAGUACGGAAUAGUAAAGUGAGAUUAACUGCUCUAAAUAGCUUAAUUAAUCCUAGAAAUAUAGCAUUAAACGAAUAUAGGAAUUACAAUUUAGUAUAUAGGUUAUAGUAUCAAAUUCAUAAGUUAAAAAAAAUAGUAUUUAGAAACAUAUA